AUGUCUUCACGAACAAAUUAUCAUCCAAUGUACGAGCAAUUAAUGUCAUCAUCAAUAACUUACAAAUGUACCAAACAACAAAAAAAAGCCAUAAAAUUUUAUCAAAAAAUAUCUUUUAAACAUGAAACAUUAAAAGGGAUUUUAUCAUCUCCCGAAUACCUUUAUUGGAUCAAUAUAGAAUUAUUUAAACCAAUCCAUGACGUUCUCAAAGAUCCAUUCAUAAAAAUCAAUUAUUUUAAAAUUGACGUCUUGUUAAAAUUAAUCGAUGCCCUAAAGUAUUUAGAAAGAAAGAAAGUGAAAAAAGUGAAUAAUGAAGCAAGGAUUAAUGAAUUGCAGAAUGUUCUCUUGAGAGUGAUUAAAAGUUUGGGAUUUACGAUGAAUAUCAAGAUUACCGUUCAACGGUUUCCUCUGGAAAAUGAUUUUGAUGAAGCUCGCUCAAGCAUCGUGAUAUUAUUGAGGGGAUUUAUAAGUGGAUAG